AUGGCAUCAAAGCUCUUAGAAGAUCUUACAUGUCCUGUGUGCAGUGACAUCUACAAGGAUCCUGUCAUGCUGAAGUGUGCUCACAGUGUGUGUAAGGCCUGUCUGCAGCAGUUCUGGGAGAGGAAGGGAUCUAGAGAAUGCCCAUACUGCAGGAGAAAAUGCUCAGAAAACUGUCCACCCAACAUGGCGUUAAGGAACUUGUGUGAGACCUUUCUACAAGAGAGAGCUUCAGCUGGGUCUGAGGUGCUCUGCAGUCUGCACAGUGAGAAGCUCAAGCUCUUCUGUCUAGAGGAUAAAGAAACUGUGUGUUGGGUUUGUCGAGACUCAUCGAAACAUGAAAAUCACAACAUUAGACCUAUAGAUGAAGCAGCACCUGAACGCAAGGGAGAGCUCAAGAUCCAAUUGCAGCCUUUACAACAGACACUGAAGAAAUUAGAAGAAGUAAAAAUCCUCUGUGACCAAACAGCAGCUCACAUUAAGACUCAGGUCCAUAACACUGAGAAGCAGAUCAAGGAGGAGUUUGAGAAGCUUCACCAGUUUCUACAAGAUGAAGAGGCAGCCAGGAUAGCUGCACUGAGGGAGGAAGAGGAACAGAAGAGUCAGAUGAUAAAGGAGAAGAUUGAUAAGCUGAGUAGAGAGAUCUCAUCUCUUUCAGACACAAUCAGAGACAUAGAGGAGGAGAUGGAAGCUGGUGAUGUCACAUUCCUGCAGAACUACAAAAGCACAGUGAAAAGAGCCCAGUGCACACUGCAGGAUCCACAGAGGCUUUCAGGAGCCCUGAUCAGUGUGGCAAAGCACUUGGGCAACUUGAAGUUCAGAGUCUGGGAGAAAAUGCAGGAGAUUGUUCAAGUCACCACUGUUACUCUGGACCCCAACACUGCACACCCACAACUGAUCCUGUCUGAGGAUCUGACCAGUGUGAGGCUUGGUGAUGAGAAACAGCAGCUUCCUGAUAACCCAGAGAGAUUUGAUCAGGGUCUCUGUGUCCUGGGCUCCGAGGGCUUUAACUCAGGGACACACUGCUGGGAUGUGGAGGUUGGGGAGAACACAUGGUGGCAUGUGGGUGUGAUGGCAGCGUCUGUCCAGAGCAAUGGAGACUUCAGAUCCUUGAGUGGGCGGUGGUAUGUGGAUUAUUAUGAUGGUAAUUAUGGAGCGCAUGCCCCACCACGGCCCUCCAUUCCAGUGAAGCAGAAACUCCAGAGGAUCAGAGUUCAGCUGGACUGGGCCAGAGGAAAGCUGUCAUUCUCUGACCCCGAUAAUAACACACAUUUACACACUGUCACACACACUUUCACUGAGAGAAUGUUUCCAUAUUUUAAUAUUGGUUGUAAAGAAUGUCCUCUGAGGAUGCUUCCACUGAAGUCCUUAAUAACGGUAGAGCAGCAUAGAUACUAGAGCGGUGUGUGUGUGGGUGAUAAG